UUUCUUCGAUCGCACACUGUUCUUCGAUGUCUCGGCGCGAAGAGGUGCGAGCGAUUUGGCGUGCGUUACCACAACAAGCACUAGCUGAUAUAUCUGUUGUCAUCGGAAAACGAAGUCAAUUUGAAUAUUUCACGAAGUGAUGCAGUUCAGACAGUUAACAAUUUGGUUAUUUAUGCUCGUGACGACUGGUUUCGUGUAUACUGAUAUUAGCAAUUGGGAUGCAUGUAGUGGACGAUUGGAGCGCGCUUUGGACGCACUUCAUAGAGAUUCUACCAGAAGAAACAAAUUGGACGAAGAAGAGAAGACUGGAACAUUGUAUCAGCGGGAACUUCGUUCUGUUCCCCUGGAAAUGUCCGUUUCUCGUGUAACUAUAAAGCUUUUGGAGAACACAAAAAAGUCCGGAGGCAAUUGGGCGCGAGUUGAACAAUGUGUAUACGAGCCUGAUAGCAGUUCUCUGAAAACACGCGUUGUGUUUAAUGAUCUGUCAGUGUCUGCGAUAGUAUCCCUAAUGCCGCGAAAUCAUCACGUCCCUCUUUCCGCUGAAUCUUGCAGAAUGACAUUACGAUUGAGACGAGUGGGAAUAGACUUUCUUACGAGUCCAAUCGCGCGUGGACAUGGCCAAAUGCGUAUACGUACAGAGUCCAGUUUCUUGGAGCCUAAAUUCGCCUCGAUCUAUGCAUACGGCUGCCAUCCUACGCGCCUCAACAAACAAAUUAAACGACAAGAUAAAUGGCCAUCGUAUAAUCAUUUAAGCAGUGACAAGGUGACACCGCUACCGUUGUCCGUAAAUGAAAAAUAUGAUGCGGCGGAACCGAGAAAAUUAGCAAGAAUUGCUGAAGAAACGGACGUCGUUAUACCUAAUGAGAGUCGACAUCCGCGUUACUCGCAUACUCUUCAGGCAAAUUUCGGCGUAUGGAAGAAGAAUUCUUGGAUCACCAAAUCAUCGUUACGUCAAAGACGUUCGACGGUUCGACACCCGAUCACCGCAAUAAUUAUGACAUCACAAGAUCUCACGGAGAACGAUCAGGAACAGACGGAAAAGUUCGUCAACUUCACCAAAAUUCUUAAUUUAACCGACAGCUUUGAAAACAAAGAUCCAUCGCAAAAUAUAUCUCGCGAGGUAAGGGAAUUGGUAGUGGACAACAAAGAUUUCGAUAAUGUAUUCGAUUCUAUCGAUUCGGAAGAUCCGAACAGGAAUUGGCAGUCAAAGGAAUAUAUUACGAGAGAAAUGGAAGAUGUAUUUUUGCAGGGUGCUAGUCAAGUAUUGACUAGAUAUAUCGAAUAUCAAUUGCAUCCGGCGAUUAAAGAGACGCUGAUGUUGUCUAUGGGUUACACUAUCAGUUAUGGGUAGAUAUACAGAUAAAAAACAAUAGACUAUUCUAACGCAAGAUUGUGUAUAUUUUUCAUAUAAUUUUAUAUUAAAAUAAUGAUUAAAGAUUCUCUUU